AUGCAAGGGGCUCAUCGUGUCCAUGGUUCUUUCGAAGAUUACAACGGUCUGGUGGAAGCUGUGAAGCUGGUCGACAUAGUAAUCUCCGCGAUUUCUGGCGUGCACACUUGGACUCAUCAAAUUCUGCUUCAACUCAAGCUUGUUGAAGCUAUGAGAGGCUGGAAAUAUCAAGUGUUUGUGUACUUAAAAUUCCUCAGAAACUCUCUUACUUUUCAGCCCCGGCUUUUCCUGAACUCUACCUUCCAUGUUUGGGCAAACCCUAGAUCUGUCCCCCUCUUAGAUUCUGAAAGGAGAUAUAUUGAUUGA